CUGCUGUAUAAUCAUCAUGUGCAACUUGGGGGAAAAAAAAGUAAAUAUUCACAGAACCAGAUUUGUUGUGGUUGAUACUUGACUGCGUUACUGGUUGAGGCGAUGAAGCGCGCUCUUUGCCGUUUUUCAACAUGCGCGUGCGAGAGUGACCCAACAUUUGCAUAAGUAAACAACCGCCCAGGUUUAGCAGGCAGGAGUUAAGGCUAUGUGAUAGGUGACCAGGUAGCUCCGAAUUGCUGGGGAGGGACCUGGUAUAAGGAGGUCAUUGAAAGCCGGGGGGGGGUGCAACAACCAGAAAUAAAAAUAAAUAACUUGGCGUGCUAGGGAGUUCAUAAAUUUUGGGCAUUAUUGCCGAAGCGAUAACACCGCAAGAGAUCCGUAUCCGGCUUUCAUCGUUCCUUUUAUUCCUACAGACUGGCAAUUGUCGUCUAUUUAAUAGUUCCUAGUCGUACAUUCUCACCCGGUUGUGAUUUUUUGCGUCUGAGGUUUGGCCGGCGCGCUGAACCUCGGCAUCGGGACGGGGGGAUUUGGGCGUGGGAAGCAAGCUUGGUCUGUCGGCCACGGAACCGCCGCUGCAACACCAACACUCUGCUUCGCAUCUACAGGUUUUCAUCUGUCUUGAUCGCACCAGCCGUGCUUAUCUACGUUACGCCUUGUUGUUGAAUUACAGGGGUUUACAUGAACGUAUGGUGAGGAAGACAGGAUGGAGACAAUUUCGCGGGGUUCUACGGACUUGAAGCGUCGCCGGCGGAGGGAAGGCCUUCGACGACGACAAGCGAACAAGAACGCCGUAUCUGGGAGACUGGUGCUUGAUCAUCAUGCACGAGGGGAUGUUGGAACCCUUUCUGAUGAUUUAGCUACAUAUUUGUUUCUAGGGUCGAGUAUCGAAGCUCUAGCGGAAUCACAGGAAGUGCGAUAUAUCGCCAUAUCUCCAUGGUCACCGCAUAAUCUCCCGGUGGAGGAUUUGCCGUGGACCUUUCUCCCGGUUCGCCUCCAGUCGCCCGCUAAAUCCCAAGCUUCGCCAAUAUCCCAUUCGACCGUCCAUUUCCCAGCAUUUGCUGGAUCAAUCCAGUCAUUUGUUCAAGCACUCGAGACACUUGACCCAACUCGCAACUCUAUAUCGAGCCAACGAGCAAUCGAAAUUCAUGUGCUGGACGUCGUCCCGCUUUAUCUGGAUACAGUCUAUGUGACGGUGGAGCGCCAUCUGCUCAGCACAGUGGAUGAGAUUCAAAAUAAGUUCGGUGGGGGCUUCGGUCCAGGAACACAGGGGAUCAAUGGCCUCUGGGCCAAGGGACGGAGCCCAGAGAACCUGAUAAAAAAGUCUUCCAAAGAGACGAAGGAGGCUGCUGCUGAAAGAGAAGAGCGAUUAAUCGGUGUUAUUCGUGAGGCGAUUUCCGCACAAAGGAUAUUACAUGCGGGGGAUUUACUUCCUCUGCCGUUACCUUCACAUCCUAUCACAUAUGCACCACCCCCACCUGCCAGAAUUUCUUUCUGCGAGCCUGUGUCUCAAGGCCUAGUCAAACCUACUACUCGAAUCGUCCUUGUCCAAACCAAAUCGCAGCAACAGUCUCGUAUAUCUAAGGGUCUGCCAUCUCCAGGCCAGGCGCUGUUAAAAGAGGUGGCAGAAGAUGAAGCAGACGAUACCUCAAAUGAACAGUUUUAUUCGGCCGCGGAAGAGAAAUCGAACGGCACAGAUAUGGAAAGUACAUCACCACCUGACGAAUCCGACACAGACACUUCUGCUCAGAGUUACAGCGAUGGUUCUGACGACUCCUUGGAUGAUAUGAUCUCGUUGGCAGCCCCCGAGCUGCCACAACAACCUUCAGGGACAAUGUCCGCAAUGACCUCUGCGACUCCGCGCCCAGGUGACAAGAGAUUCGAUGUCCAUACCCCAGGGUCAAUGCUCUCCAGCUUCACAAGCGCCACUGCGCGUACAGGAAGAUAUGCUGGAAAAACAUUCCGAGCAGAAGGACUGAUGGAGAGAAUACCUAAUGAUAUUUUGCACCCUAAGCCACGAGAGUCCGAAGAUUCCGACUCCUUCGUUUACGUGGAUAUUCACACACUUGCCAAAAUCGGCUGUUUUUCAGGUGACUGGGUUAGGAUCGAAGCUGCUGAGGAACCUCAGCUCAAUAUGCUAUCUUCUCUAAAGUUUGAUGGCCUGAACAGGCUUACGGAGAAUGCUGCUGAUGAUAUGACUUGGAGGGCUGUAAGGGUUUACGGUCUUCCAGGACUAACAUCUCCAAGACCGCGAUAUUCGAGACGAUCAACCAUAUCGCAGAUGCCAUCCCAUGGGCUUACUCCUACUGUGCUAGUGCCACCCAUCCUGUUAAACAAUCUGGAAAACCCCAAAUACUUAAAACUUUCUCCGAUAUUGGUUCAUGGGUCUCACCAUUCGAGCUCAAGGCCUGGGAUUGUACAAUCAAAAUCAAGUUCACCCAAAACACCGCCUGUUGCAAAAGAAGUUACCCUACUUAAAAUUUCCACACCCCUUUCUAUGGACAGGUCCCUCCAGCCAGUUCUCUUUGCUGGAUUAAAACGCCAUUUUGAAUCAAAGCAACGGCUAGUGAAGAGCGGUGAUCUCAUUGGCAUAAGCGUUGAUGAAGGGCUAGGAAAAACAAUAUUCUCCUCUACGAAGGGUCCUGAACCUGGUGAAGAUGAUGAUGUGACGGCUCAGCUUGGUUUCUCUCCUGAUUCGCAAUCGAGACCCCAGAACGCAUUGAGGAAGGUGGGCGUUGCAUGGUUUCGUGUGAGCCAGGUUGUCUCUGCUCCUGUAGAAGGAUUAGAAAACGGCUCUGAAGAUGAGCGAUGGGGGGGAGUGGCUGUCAUUGAUACUUCUUCGACGAGAAUGGUACAGGCCGGAAGUGUAAUAAGUACCAUACCCGGGACAUUAUAUAAUGGGUGGGAGUAUUGGCUGGGUGUGAAGCCGCUGCCCAAAACGUGUAGUGAUAUAGGAAAGUCACGUUCCUUCGUCACAGAGCCUCCCACGAUAUUUGUCCCUGCAGUACAGAAACGCCUUCGGGAGCUUAUUUCUGCAUCUACAAGCCCUAGGGCAAUCCAACUAGGUAUGAAACCAGUUGUUAUCCUACUUACUUCUACCCAGCGGGCCAUUGGGAAAUCAACGGUUGCUCGGCGUGCAUGUGCCGAAGUUGGUAUUCACACAUUUACGAUCGAUUCCUACGAUAUUCUGGCCGAAGGGGGAGCAAAUGGGGGAGACGUCAAGACGGAGGCAUUCCUUAAAGCCAGGGCGGAUAGGGCAUUUACCUGUGGAGCAAACUGCACUGCUUUGCUAAUCCAGCAUAUUGAUGUCUUAACGACUGACAGGAUGGUUACAGCAAUGAAGGAGAUCGUGGCAGACGCGAGAGUUAUCAUCGCUACAACGACCGACGUUGAGAAAGUUUCCGAGGGCAUUCGAAGCGUUUUCACCCAUGAACUUGAAAUGACAGCUCCAGAGGAAAAGGAAAGAGAAGGGAUCCUGCGAAACGUGAUCUAUGACCAAGGCAUCAAAGUUUCAGCUAACGUCGACUUGGCAUCAGUCGCAGUGAAAACCGCCGCUCUCGUUGCGGGGGAUCUUGUCGAUGUCGUUGAGCGUGCUGUUGCUGUUAAAACUCUUCGUCUGCAAAAGUUAGCAGAGAGUGCUACAACUUCGGAUGAAAGAUUAAAGGUCACCGUGCGAGACAUCCAAGCUGCAGGUGGAGAUGCAGCUCGAUGUGUGACAAAAGAGGAUUUCGAUGCCGCUGUGGACGCCGCCAGAAAGAAUUUUGCAGACGCCAUUGGUGCACCCAAUAUUCCGAACGUUGGCUGGGAUGAUGUUGGAGGCCUUACAAAUGUCAAGGAUGCUGUUAUGGAGACCAUCCAACUCCCACUCGAACGACCAGAGCUCUUUGCGAAGGGCAUGAAAAAGCGAAGUGGCAUCUUGUUUUACGGACCCCCCGGAACCGGGAAGACUCUCCUCGCCAAAGCUAUCGCUACAGAAUUCUCUCUCAACUUCUUCUCAGUCAAGGGUCCCGAACUACUCAAUAUGUAUAUUGGAGAGUCUGAAGCAAACGUUCGACGCGUCUUCCAGCGCGCCCGCGAUGCCAGACCCUGUGUAGUGUUCUUCGAUGAGUUGGACUCCGUCGCACCGAAGCGUGGAAACCAAGGAGAUAGCGGUGGCGUCAUGGAUCGUAUCGUCUCCCAGCUUCUCGCCGAACUCGACGGGAUGAGCGGUGGAGACGAAAAUGGCGGCGGGGUUUUCGUAAUUGGAGCCACCAAUCGUCCUGAUCUCCUGGAUGCUGCACUUCUCCGGCCAGGGCGAUUCGAUAAAAUGCUUUAUCUCGGUGUGUCGGAUACACAUGAGAAACAAGUUACUAUUUUAGAAGCGCUCACGCGGAAAUUCAACUUACAUCCAGACCUUUCGCUACGGCGGAUUGCUGAGCAGCUACCCUUUACGUACACGGGCGCUGAUUUAUAUGCAUUAUGCUCUGACGCUAUGCUCAAGGCCAUCACACGCAAAGCUAGUGCUGUGGACGAGAAAAUUAAAGAAUUGCCCGGGGGACCAGUUACGACGGCUUAUUUCUUCGAUCAUUUGGCGACCCCUGAAGAUAUCGCAGUCAUGGUGACGGAAGAAGAUUUCAUAGCGGCAAAGAGUGAACUUGUUGCCAGCGUUAGCGCCAAAGAGCUUGAACAUUUCGAACGAGUUCGCCGCACCUUCGAAUCAGUGGACGAUGCAAAGAAACCAAGGCCAAGUAUAACAGCUGGCCCAGAAACUUCCUCGCACGCUCCUUUGACAAUAGGCGAAGCGGUCAAUGGGCUUAAACCCGGGACACGUCUAGAGGACCCCACACUAGCAAACAUUACAAACAACGCCAACAAAUCAACCGCUUCCUCAAUUUUACCUCAUCGAGCCAAACACGGCAAUAAGGCCUCACGGAGCAAGGGCAAAAAUAAUGUUAGCGGGGCCAAGGGGAAGAGCGCCGUAGUGCCAUCCUCUCUUGAUCAACAUUCGGAGCCUGAUGAGGAUAUGGAAAAUGGCCUUGAUAGCCCGGUUGGUAAUGAGAAUGUAGGGGAUGUGAAUGGAACAGCCGUACGCGGGUCGAAAGGGAAGGGCAAAGACACUGUUGUUGAUGGUCUGGCAAUGGCAACCAAUGGUGAUGAAGCAGAAGAGGACGAAUAUGUUAUCCGGACUGACCACUUGGUCCGAAGUGAUAAACCGUCGUGAUCGUGUUGCCCCUUGAGGCUUUUGGCGGAUUGUAGCCGCUAAUCCAUAACCAUCUGCGUGUAUAUAUGUACUGAUAUUUCUUCUGGGUAUAGUGUACAGAUAUAUUUUGAAGUGCACAUUGUUGAGGCCAUUUUGUAGCGCAUUUCCCUCGUGUUUUUGUUUUGUCAACAUGUGCAUGCUGUAAUUAUUGACAUUAACACCUAGAAUAUGAGGACCAGUGAAAAUGACAUGAAAAUGGACAUCAGAAACAGCUAAUAACUGUCUUUUCAUCUGUAAUUUUGAAGGGUGAGUCAGUGCUUCAUCACUCAUUGCUGAGUAUCAUCACUUUUUUGUACUCAUCUAGCACUGUUAAUCAUCAUCUUUCAGUCAUGAUGUUUCACAUCUGCUCAACAGUCAUUCAUCUAGAUUUCAAUCUAUUAUAAAAAUAACACUAAAAAUGACUCUCUUUUACAGUCUCAUCAUAUGCUCUCUUUUUCAUCUUAUUCAAUCAGAUGUCUAUAAAAUGUCUUUUCUUCUCUCUCUCAUAUUCUGUCAGUUCUCUUCUCAUUCUUAGUUCUCACUUCUCACUUCUCAAGUCAAUCUUUACAAUCUUGUUGUCUAUGUUUCAAGAUUUCAAUUUUAUUCAUUUAUUCUGAUUUUUCAGUAUGAUAUCUGUGCUAAUUCAGUUGACUCAAAAUAAUGAGUAUCAAAACUGAAUCAAUCUCAUUCUUUAUAAGAAAACUCAAAAUAGACUGAAACAUUUUUAGUCUUGAAGACCUUGCUAUGUAGCUAGCAUACUUUUCAAAUCAAUCAAGCUUUACUUAACAUUACAUCUUCACACAAAGAGAGCAAGCAAUUAUACAAAGAUGAACCUGAGAAAAUCAGGUGAGGUUCUGAAUACUAGUAGAGAAUGAAAAUAAAUAACUAUUAAAUCAGAUCUAGCAGACUGUGUAUGAACAAAAGCCAAACAACAUAGAACAGAUAAGCUUAGACACAGUGCAAUGUUUACAUACAGAGAUGGC